CGCCGUUUAACUGAGUACCUCGUGAACCCGGCCUGCAUGCUGUCUACGUCUAGUAGUAUAUAGUCUGCUCUAUAUAUAUAUACCUGUGUCUGUCAAUUUAAUAUGGCAACUGGAUCUUCUGACCAUCCAUCUAGCAAGACUGAAGUCCUGCAAUACCAGCUGGAAAGUUUCAUUGAGAAUUUGAGAACUAUUGGUGUGAUAGCAGGAGAUUUUCAACAGCAUGGACAAAAUAACUUCAAUGAGAAGCUGAAUGGUGCCAUUGAGAAUAUGCGACAAUUAGAUCGACUGAAAGAUGAAUACUCUGAUCUCCACGUACCCUUGGCAGUCUUAGAGUAUGUGGAUGAAGGCCGUAAUCCUGAGCUGUUCACUAGACAUCAGCUGGAAAGAACUCUUAGUGAUCACAUUGGAAUACAAAAGAAAGUCCAGGCUUACAAGGACUUUCGAGAGCAAUUGAUACGUCAACUGGAACCAGUUUUUCCUGAAGAGAUUCAAGCUUACGUAGCUGUGUCUGAAUUUUCAAAAAAAGAACAAAGAUAGUGUCAAAUGUUUCAGCCCCUCCCCCCCUAUAAUUAUUAUCUUCAUCAAUCAUGUUUAUAGUCUCUUUCUGUGCAUACUAGAUUACGAUGUUUACCCAUGUUGAA